CCACAAACUACUCUUUUGGAUGUUUACGUUUAGGCUUUUGUGUAUAUUUCUUCUUCCUCCAUUAAAGGCUCUUGGCUUAUUAUACAUCUUUCAAGCUAACUUCCAAUUCAAAACCCUUGCUCUUUCUUCUUUCUGUAAAAUCUGACGGUUGAGAUGAGACGAGAGGGUCGGCAUCGGCAACAUGGUAUAGUCAGGACUUACCGGAUUCUUCCACCGCCGCUUAACCCAAGGCUGGUCAACUCAUCAACUUCAUCCACAACCUCUGCAUUCUUUACCAAAUUGCCAUCCAAACCAACCAAAGCUCACCGGAAAGUGUGGUCCGGCCAGGUGCAUUGGCUGAGAUCAAACGACAUCGCUUCAUCAAGCUACAAACUGCUGACGUGGCGGGUAUUGACCGGACCCGGACCCGUUUUGAAUGUCCCCGGUAUACUGGAUCUUAAUGGUGAUGGCGACCAUUGUGAAGACAAAGGAGAAGAAGCUGAAGUUGAAACAAUGAAGAGAGAGAAUAGACAUAAUAGCGACAAAGAAGGUUGUGGGUCCCAUGAUGAUGAAAGUAUGAGUUUUUACGAUGUGGGGAUGAUGAUGAUGGAACAUGUGUUAGAUGACGAUGAAGAGGAUGGUUGGUGUUUGGUCUGAAAAAGGAAAGGAUUUAUGAUCUCUCUCUCACGUGGAUCAGC